AGAUUCCGCUCCGCCGCCGACGACAAUCACUAUGAAGACCCCCUCACCCUCCUUCGUGUGCGCUAGCUGUGCGCGAUCGCUCCGACAACAACUUCCCAAGCAAACCACCUUCGCCCGCGCAUUCGCAUCCGAAACCACAACACCUCGAACCCGUGGUCUACCCUCUGCAGCGGAUCUUCCUCCACACCGCGACAAUGACCAGCCAAGAUGGAAGAGCACACCCCCAGCGAUGAAGAUGCCUGUCCGAUUACGGCCAGAGCCAAGUCAGCCCGUCUGGGUCGUCAAUCGAGACGAGGAGAAAGUGAAUGCCGUAUUUGAUGCUUUCCUGGGACCGCUGGCAGGGAAGCAGAAGGGAAGAGAGCUACUGGAUGAGGAGACGAAGUGGCUCACCCUAACCCACAAAUCCUUCGAACACGGCCGUCAAGGCUUCAACGCCCGCCUCUCCUUCCUCGGCCGCCGAAUCCUCACCCUGCAAACAUCCCUCGCUCUCCUCCGCGCCCCAUCUCCUCCCAACCUCUCCUCCCUCCCCGCAAACGAAGUCUUCUACCACCCUUCCCUCACCGGGUUGGAGAACAUCUCCCCCGUGACGAAGGAUCAAGUGCUGGAUAAGAAGAGACUGGCGAAUAUUGCCCGACAGUAUGGGAUGGAGAAAGUGGUUAGGUGGAAACCUGCGAGGAGCGAUAAGUUGGUGGAGAGUGGGCAGGAGGCGGUGUUGGCGCAGGCGGUGUAUGCGGUUGUGGGAGCGGUGGCGUUGAGAUUGGGCGGGGAUGUGGCGGGACGGGUGGCGAGGGAGAGGGUUUUGGAGCCGUUGGGGUUGAAGUAG